UUUCUAUUAUCUCUCCUUCACAUUCUCUCAUCACAUCUUCACUAUGUCAAACAGUCCUGCAGCGUCAGUAUCAAGAUAACUUUCGUUGCAGUUGAGUGUCACUUAUCCGGUUUAACCAUUCUGUUUAGCGUUCUUAGAGGUCAUUGCCAAAGGUGAAAGUGCAUUCCCGGUUAUUUGGUACAAUUAUUAAGUGAUUUAAUGGAAACGUGAUAAGUAAAUUCGUGCAAUCAUAUACCAAACUUGUUGGCGUUCUUUUUCUUUCAAUGAACGCUGAUUUAUAUCAAAGUACAAAACCGAUGAAAGCUUUGCUAUAGAAAGGGUUUUUCUUUUAAAGUCAUCAACUGUAAGCCUGACGAUAGCAGAUUGUAACCCAGCUCCCACGAAAUGUCACGAAGGUACUGUGCUGUUGCAUGGCUUAUCCUGUGUGUCGUUUAUCUAACCAAAGCGCAACAGAGAUGCUGUGAAACUUACUGCUACAGUCAGGACAGCGAUCGAUCUCAAUCGAAACAUUUUGCGACGAAAUCCGCGUACGAAGUAAUCCGCGCACCAAUAUCCAGCCGGGAGCAUAUCGUACCAAAUUGCAUCCCGUCCAAACUCUGGCAACUGAGUCGACAUGGGACGAGACUGCCUGGCAAAAAGGAUAUCGAAUUCAUGUCACAAGCGUUGAACAGUUUACGAGACUCAAUUCUGGAUAAUUACGAAUCUCGGCGGACAGCUCCCGAUUCUGGACGAAUGUGUUCCGAUGAUCUGGAAUUGUUGCGGGAAUGGCGUUGGGAUAGUAAUAUCACUGUCAACUACGAAUCCUUCUUGACGACGCAAGGAUGGAAUGAGCUCAAAUUCUUAGCCAAACGAGAGCAAGACCGUUUCUACGAAGUGAUGUCCAGUCAAUAUUCGAAGGAACAUUAUUUGUUCCGUUACACAAAAACUCAACGAACAGAGGCCAGCUUCAAGGCGUUUGUGGAAGGUUUGUUCGGCGACAAUGCGUACAGUAAUAUAAAUGUUGAGCCAUCACCGAACGACGACACCCUGCUGAAACCGUAUGAUUUUUGCCCGGCAUACGAUGCCAACAAGGACAAAAACAAGCAACCAGGUUCCGAAUAUAGCAAAUUUCUCGAAUCAAGUUUGUUCACGAUAACCUUAGCUGACAUUUCCACUCGUUUGGGAUUCCGGUACAAUCUCAGUGUUGACCAGGUGGAGGCGAUGUGGGAUGCCUGUAGGUACGAGCAAGCGUGGCAUUUACAGCAGCUCAGUCCUUGGUGCAGUGUGUUCACCAAAGAACAGGUCAACGUGCUAGAGUACAAGGAAGAUCUCAAGUACUACUAUCAAAACAGCUACGGUUACAGUAAAAGCGCAGAUUUGGCAUGUUACGCAGUUUCCGAUAUGGUGAAACACUUAGGCCGAACGGACAACCCGCAGGUUGUGGCCUACUUUACGCAUGAAUCGGAAAUUCAGAUAUUUCUCGCUGCAUUGGGUGCUCUGAAAGAUACGGAUGCUCUGCGCGCGGACAAUUACUACGCCUUGCGGAAUCGACGGUUCCGGUCCAGUGUACUAACGCCUUUCGCAGCUAACGUAGUCGCUGUUAAAUAUCAAUGUGCAGAUCCAGUGGAACCUGUUAAGGCUAUUUUCUUCCUGAACGAAAAAGCUCUUAUGUUCGAUUGGUGUAACGUUGGGCUGUGUAAUUGGUCCGACGUGGUUCGACAGUUCAAGCGAUACAGUGAGGGAGAUUGUGCCAAACUUUAUUGUGGAGGAAGUACAGCUUCGGACAAACAUCUGCCAUCGUUCACAGUGAGCAUUAUGGUGGCCGUGAUCGUAGCGUUAGUAGCGAAACAACGAAUAACUAUUUUUUAAGACGAAUUCAGAUCUUUACUCUAGAUAUAGGUUAUUGUACUGAUGAGAAACAAUAAAAGGCUAUAUUUUUCUUCACCAAA